GCAUUUUAGCCUUACAAAGUAGAUCAUGGAUCCGCUGAACUAUAUCAAAGAAAAAGACUCUUCGGAGCAGACCGAGCUUUUACGUGGAUCCGAGCCUUUGGAGAACCACUGCUUGGGUUCUGUUGAUCAUCAUCCCCUAGAUGAUGUUAACGCCUGCAUUGAAUAUGACCUCUUCAUGCGAAUCCUUGAGGAACACAACGAACCUGAACACGUCAAGGGAAGGUGUAAGAAGGGUUUUCCGGAAUAUGCUCGGCAGUGCAAGCCAAACAAUAUGAAGUAUGGAAUUGUUGUGGAUGGAGCCAUCGAGAAAAGGAAGAUCCUUCAGGAAGAUGCCACCGAAAGUGAAAACAAAUGGCCCAAAAGGAAAAGAUUCAAAAGGGGCACUUUGGAAUAUGCUCAAAGGCAAGAGUUCAACAAGAUUAAGAACAGAAUGGCUGCUGCUCGUUCUCUCGAUAAAGUUCAGAAUCACAUCCUCGAAUUGGAGCAAAAGGUCGUGAGGAUGCGCAGGGAAAAUGAUAAUCGCAGAAAGCUGUUGGCGCAUGGGCCAGGACCAAGUGAAGUUGGUGGCUUUAGACCCUUGAGGAGGACCUUUUCUGGACCACUUUGAUUCUGGACCUGCAUGAUUUCAGAUUAUCCAUUUUCUUCCCUGAACUCUUUGAUCAAUGUUGGAAGUUUAUGGUGAACAUUAAACUCAUAGUAGUUAUUUCCUAGGUAAUUUUCGCUGAGACGCAGACUUUAGUUAUAAUUCAAGUACUUUUGGAUUCGACUAAUGCUUGCAGCAAGUAAUAUGCAUUGU